GGCAGCAGUGACGAUUUAGUCUUGCUCCCAGCCUUAUUCUGGUCAGUUCUGGCUGGAGUUACGGAAAUGAGUGGAGUUUAUAUUGGUUGAUAAAAGUUUAUCACUUAAUAAACGUUCUAAGACUAAUAAAAAAAGUGUAAAUCACAGCGAGAACAAUUGAACAGCACUUCGCAGCGGUGAAUAUAAAUAGCUGAGCAUGUAAAAAAAAUCGGUGUGUUUACUAGUCAAAGAUAAGGACAAAUGAUGAUCGAUUGUAGAAGCAGGAAGUUAUUGAAUGGCACAUUUAUACACGAAAGCUAUUUUAAUAUCCACACCCAUACAAGGGUUUUUCUCAAAAAUAAAAAAUCUCAUCGUGGCGUCAACAUAGAAUGACAUCAUAAAUACAUUGCAAUAGUUGCAAUGUCAAGCAGAAAUUUGAAACGCGAUUACACCAACACGGUGGAUUUUGGCACCCUAGCGAUCACAAUGCAAGCGGAGAAGAAUGAUACCGAUACUGAGAAAAAUGAGGUUGUCAACGACGUCACGACGACUUCUGUCGCGAAUGAAGUUACGAAUUUGAAGAUCGAAGACGGUUCAACGAGUUCGACGCCAAGUAGUCCCGGUGCUACCGAAUCGGGUAGCUUUUUAACGAGCUUCAAAGCGUUCUCCAAAUUCGGUGAUCCAAAGAGCGACGGCAAAUUGAUUACAUUAAGUCAAAGUGACAAAUGGAUGAAGCAAGCAAAGGUGAUUGAUGGAAGGAAGAUCACUACCACGGAUACGGGAAUUUACUUCAAGAAGCACAAAUCUACAAAACUCGGUCUUGAACAGUAUAAAGCGUUCCUCGACGAACUGGCCAAAAGUAAGAAAGUGGAAUUAACGGAAAUAAAAAAGAAGAUGGCCAACUGUGGAUCACCCGGAGUUACUGGCUCCAGCGCAGGUGGAAAGGCAACAUCGACAGUCGACAGAUUAACUGACGUGAGUAAAUACACCGGCUCCCAUAAGCAACGUUUCGACGAAACCGGGAAGGGUAAAGGCAUAGCAGGUCGCAAAGACGUAUCAGAUCAGUCCGGAUACGUUCAAGGCUACCAAAAUAAAGAUACGUACAGCAAGGCCCAUUAAUAUUCAUCUUUCGAUGAUAGAUAUCUUUAAAGACACGUUGUUGGUCUGACAGAUAUCUCGAAAAAAAUCUAUCAAAUAAAAUUGACACGUACUAGGAUGGCAAUAUUGCGCUUAAUAACUUUUGCCAGAUCGCUGACAAUACAUUUGCAGCAAUUGUACUCUUACGAUACUUCCACUCUUGAUAUUCAUGUUGCAUUUUUUACGAUUAAAUUUUCCGACACACAAAUUUCUGAGAAUGUCAUUUUUUUUUUUUUUUUAUAACUAACUUAUUCGGUUAACACUAAAUCUACUUAUUCUUUGCAAUUCCUCUAUUAUUUCUAGAUAUAUUUCUUGUUGUUCUCUUUGUUCAACUUCGUUGAUUACUAGAUGAUAAGAAUAAUACUAGUUUGGGUUUUUUAUAUUUUUAUUUAUUUUGUUUGUGGGAUUUUUGAGAGAAUGUAGAGAAUAUAUAUAGUUUAAUAUAUAUAAAACUACUAAUAAGUAUAUUCACAGUCUACUUAUAUAUAUUUAUAUAUAUAAAGUCUAAGUUAUAUACGUAAUAUAGAUGAUAAUGUUUAGUAUUGUGUCAAUAAUUUUUUUUCCACACGCACACGCAUAAUUUGUUAAGAACAGAUUCUUUAAAAUUUUUGCACAAUUUAAUAAAGCAAACGGAUACAAUCAAUUUCCAUACAGAACAUGUUUACCGUUACAACUGUACAACAUGUAUAAGGCAAAAUUAUAUGGCAUUUAUUAUGAACAAUGCACAAACUUAAAUUUUUGUGUUAAGCUAAUAUAUACAUGCGACUAUUGUAUAUAAAUAAGAUAUACAUAAAUCUCUUGAACCUGAAAAACUAGUCAUGCUUAAUUCUCUCAAUUGUACCUAUAUAUAUAUAUAGUAUAUAUAUAUUGAUUAUCGAUUUUAUUUAUAUAAAAGAUAAUAUACUUGUCCUUCGAUAAAAUGUAAUAAACAUAAGCACGAAAAUUGUCUGCUAUACAAGAUAAUAUUGAUCAAAAACAUUGAUAUAUAUGUAUACAUGUAAGUAGAGGUAAAAAUAUUUAAUGUAUAAUUGGACAAAUUAUUUUCUACUAUAUAUAUGUAUAAAAAAUAUUUUUCUGCAUAUUAAAUAUUAAUUAAAUAUAUUGAAACAGCAUCUCGUUCUCUAACAAUACAUCAACUAUACACAUACACGGAGUAUACGAUGUUAAGUUUUUUAACGCCGUUACUUUUUUAAAUGUAAUAUCUAUAUAUAACUAAUUGUAAAUGAAGUGUACUUACUGUAUCCUUACCGAUGCAUUUGAGCUUGUGGCACAUACACAUUUAAGACCAAAUUUUGUAAUUUAAAUCUUAUACAAUUAGAUGUCGGCGCAUUUAGUUGUACACUAUCGAACUUUGUUUCGCUAAUAAUUUUCGCAUACGAAUUAUAUAUAUAUAAGAAU